AUGGAUUACACAGAUCUUGCUAAUAUUGCUCGAGAAUUAUCUGACCUUGAAGUGGCCCUUUUACUGUGCCUUGCUGCCCGCGAACAUUGCUUGAUUGAGACCACCAGCCACUGUAUUAAUGAUCUUGCCAAAGAACUCGCUUUAAUUGGCUCCACUACAUUCGACUACUCAUAUUGCAUCCUUGACUGUUCAUCUGGAACAUCUAUUGACGAUAUCUUUAAUGACGUUCUCACCCCGGAUGCCCGCGCAAAUUACCGCCCAUCACGUCCGUGGUUGAACGCUGAAACAUCAAGCAAUCGUUCUUCAUAUAAGAGUCUUGGGGAAUACAGCAAACCACCAGCUCUAUCUUCAAAAAUCGGCAGUAACGUUGUCAAUAUUGUAGUCGCCAAAAACUUCAAUUUUGUCAGUGAUGAUAUACAAAUGCACAUGCUACAGUUAAUGCGAUCAAGGGAGUUGAUCACUGAAACCGGGACCCUGAGCGCGCCUCAGGACUUCCUUUUCAUCCCUCUUGUGGCACGAGAUUUUGACCAGCUCCAACCACCUUUAAAACCACACAUGAAUGACAAUUUGUUCAUUUCUCAUUUCCACAGCCCGGAGGCUGGGUAUACCUACCUUGAAGAGAAUGACUGGCUUUCAGAUGGACAAAUGUCUGCUUCCUCUGUUAUUCAUAAUAAGUCAAAUGGCAAACAGCCGAAGAGUGCUACAGUCAGUUCGUCGGUGAUAGAUCAACUUCGAGAAACAAGUGCGUCGGUGAGCAUGAGCGCGGAAGUUGUCCGAUAUAUCCAGGAUAUCGUUGUGUUUCUGCGACUCAGUCGCGCUGUUGCGAGUGGUGUAUCUGCCAAUGCAAACAUUCAAUUUUCUCGAUUUUCACAACUUCUAGCUCCUCUACAUGGUAUCGAUUUUAUGACUCCCUCCAUUGUAGCCCUAGCCGCCAGGAAAGUCUUUCGCCAUCGCAUUACUGUCACUGCUCCCGGCGAAGACCGCAGUCUGCAGUAUGGAAGUAACUUAUAUGCGGUAUCGCAUGUUCUCGCUGACGUAACGCCAGAUUCAAUACUGGAUGGCGUCCUGGCGCUCGAGCCGCCUUUAUGA